AUGUCUAAAGGCGGCAGAGGCGCUUCGACGCUGGUACCCGCUGCCGCCGCCGUCACAGCCAUCUCCGUGGACGCGAUGGUGACACCCGCACGCGCACAUAAACAAACUCCUGUCUUCCUUGAUCUCCAUUUCUUAUUCACUAUUUUUUCCUCGCCUCGCCUCCUUCCUCCUCCACCCAACGCCGCACUUGCUGCUUCGUCGAGUCGAGCCAGGAACACCCCCUCCAAAACAGGAACGUGGUGGGGCCAACACCUCCCCUUUUCCACCAUUUUCCCCUGGAACUGGCAGGCGUGGGCGCGAGGAUCAGGGUACGUACUUCUUCAAGGGCACGAACGGUCAAACAAGGCCAAUGUCUGGAGACGCUACGCCGUCGAUCCUGUCGUGCCUGUCCCCUUAAUACCCACCGCUAGCGCCGGCUUCGACCCUGUCAUUUCGACUAAAUCUGUAACGUCCAAGUCCAGCGCCUCAUGGCAAAACGGACGACUCCAUCGAGCCCAAGUCGUCAAAUCAGUCUCUUUCGCCCUCCCAGGAUCCACUCUGCCACUCGCCGCGUCGUCCGCAUCGUCGGCUCUUGUCCGCAUCACUUCGUACUCACCAUUCCCGUCACCCGCCGAGUCUCGUCCUGUCGCGUCUGGAUUGUUGCGUCUUGGCCCUAGCCUGCCUGGUCCGCAUGGGUCGUCUACACCAACAGGUCGUCUGCUCCACGCCACACACGUGCGCGAUUCUCGAGGAAACCCUGGAUAUGCCUGGAUGCCAUAUGCCGGAUGUCGGAUGUCCCUUCACUCGACCCGCCCAUCUAGCUCUUUCUGCAACGCGCCCCCCCCCCCUCCUGGUCAGUCUCUUUCUGAACUCUUUCCCGUCAUCGACUGGGCCGGCCUACUCUGCACUCCGGGAUUGAAGCUCUUCAACAUCAUUGACGAUGCCCGCCGCUGCCACCCCUACUACCGAUCUGUCUGCCAUCUACAUCGUAUCGUUUGCCGCCCCCUCUUCCUGGGCAUCCCUAACCUCUAUGCAUCUUUCCACGAGGUGCCCUCCGAUACGCACGCACAAACUGUCAGAAAGUCAACCUUAACCAUGAGCAUCCAUGUAAACCUGCCUUGGGUUCACGAGCCCCAAGGCACACGAGGCACGAGGCCACUCUAA